AUGGAGGCCGAAGCCUGGAGCCAAAUAUACGUAGGCGACCGGGCGCCCGCUGUCGCCGGCCUGGUGGCGUUCGCCGCGUCCCUCAUCUGGGGCACGACCAAUAUGCUGAUCCGGUUCUGCCGUCGCUCGCUGCGGCCGAUCCACCCCGGCGCCAACGUGGGCGUCGACCUCGUCUUCGUCAUCUACCUCGCCACCUUGCUCUCCUUCUCGAUCCCGGCCGCUCGGACCGUGGCCGGGUUCGGCGACGACCCGGGCCACCUGCCCAACCCCGUCACGAGCUGGCUGUACGACGGCAGCUACGCCCUGAACCGCGCCACCGACACGUGGGAGUUCACCAUCCACCGCCUGUUCCCGGACAGGAGCUACAUGGAGUGGAACGCCACGUCGGGCCAGUGGUACGCGCCCGCCUCCAUCCCGGGCUACAAGAUCCAGCGCGACUGCCGCAGCGGCCGCUGGGGCGGCGUGGGCUUCGCCGACUGCGCGGCCCAGGACGCCUUCGUCAACGGCAUCUGGCGCCAGAAGCCGACCCGCCUCGCCGCCGACGUGGCCCUCUGCGCCGCCCAGGCCCUGCUGCUGGCCGGCCACCUGGCCCUGUUCGUCUGGGCCUGCGCCGACUGCGCGCGCCGCAACCGCCUCAAGCCCGCCCGCGCCCUCGCCCGCCAGCUCAUCUACGACAUGGUCGACCGCGGCGAGCUGCUGAUCCCGGAACACCGCCAGUCCGCGCGCCUCAUCCACCCGCAGCCCGCCGAGUUCACGCCCGUGCCCGCCCACCUGCGCCGGCGCGGCGGCGGCGGCGGCGGCGGCGCCCACCACGACCCGAGCCACUGGGAGUCGCUGUACCCCGCGUACGACCCCGUCGACAGGCCGCGCGGGGACGGAGCGCAGCGGGGGCGGCGGCCGCAUGUGCCGUUCCAGGAAGCGCCAUUUGUCCUGCCCUACGGCCGCCGCACCCCCGGCUGGCGCUCCGCGCGUGGGCAGCCCCCUCCCCCGGCGAUGCAGGAGAAGGAGAGGGGCGAGUAUGCCUAG